AUGGCUACUCGACUUGAAGAACUUCAUAAUGCACUGGUGAAUGAUGAUCUUCCAUUUUUUGAAGAAUUAUUAACGCCACAAAAUGUUAAUUUUGUUGAUUCAGAGAGACGAAUGACUUUGCUUAUGUGGGCAGUAAGGCUUUGUAAGCAUAGUAUCGCUGAGUUAUUGCUUCUUCAUGGUGCUUCCUUGUAUCCUCAAGAUAUGUUCUAUUUUAAUGUUCUUCAUUAUGCGGCUUGGUGUGCAGAUGUAAAAAUGAUGGAGAUACUACUAUUUUCAUCCCCUAAUUAUACUGAUAUAGGUAUGACAUCAGUUUCAUUAGGUCAUUCUUCUAUAACAGGACUACGAUUCCGACCUGGGGUUAAAACAUUAGUCGAUUUGCCACAUUCUUACUCUGGACGUACACCUUUAAUGUUUGCAUCUAUGAGAGGAGAUGUUAGCAUGGUUGAAUUUCUAGUAACUAAGGCCGGUGCUGAUAUUUGUUUAAAAGAUUCUAAUGGUAAUACUGCCAUGGAUCUUGCUGCUAAUUGUGGACAUAAAUCAGUUGUCACUUUUUUUCUCUCCAAAUGUGAUGAUAAAACGGACUUAAUGUUUGAUAGUGCUCGAAGAAGAGCUGAAGAAAAUUGUGAAAAAGCAAUGACAAUAAAGCAGUUGGCAGAACUUAGAGAACUAAAUGCUCUUUUAUGCCGUGACUGGCUCCCUCAGUCUUUUGUCGGAUAUUCUUGA